AAAAAAAAAAACGGUAGCUGCUGAGUCUGAGGCCCAAUACCCAUGUCAUCCCCCUGAAAUGACAACUGAACAGCGGAAAUGCGUAAACUAACGAAAACAAAAGAAAGAAAAAACUGUUGAGUAAUGAAUGCGCCGGUUCAUUGACUUUCGGCGACGAAGGAAGAUUCAUCCAUUGGCGAUGCGCUGAACUUGCAAACUGUUGUAAUUCUAUUCCAGAUACUUUGGUUGUACCAGAGAAACUUGACUGCCAUCGGUUUACAUGGGAGUCAUGGUGGAUAAUUCUGAUUUGAGCAAGAUCCAUAAACCAAGCAGUGUCGUGACUGAGAAUAAAGCUUACAAAUAUCUGCUAAUUGCAUCUCAUCCUAAGAGUUCUGUACAGAGAAACUAUGGACAUUUCAUUUCGCUGAUUCAUGGCCGCUUUGGAAGUUGUUCUGUGGGUCGCAUCAUAUUUUUUUUACUUAAAGUUGCUGCUUUAGAGAUCAUAAGGAGGUUCUCCAAGACCAGAUGCCCAUGUGUAUGGCGAGGUCUUCAGGCUCUACAGAUCCUAUGUUAUCCGCCUUUUAAAUGGAUUCAGGGGUGGGCACCCUUCAAGGGUUUGGUUGAAAACAUGCAGGUUCUAUCAAGACCUUUGCUAGCCCUUUCAAUUGCAACAUUGUUUUCUGAUCAAUCAAAAUGUAGUGAUGGAAAGUCAGAUUGUAGUACUGAUUCACAAGAUGCAGUAGCAUACUCAGAAUUAUCUCCUUUACAGGUUGAUUUGAAUACAAGCCAGUGUUUGACAGAUCCUAAAAUUUUAGAAUCUGAGAAGUGGUUGAUUCAUCUGAAUCAAGAGCUUGAAAAUCAAGGGCUUAGUUUACCAGAAAGAAUCAAUGAUGACGAGCUUCGCAGAUUUUAUGCAGCUUCUAAUGAGGAAUUUUCUUGCUUCCUUACCUCAAUCAAGAAGACCAUACGAUGGCGAGAGACAUACAGAAUUCUUUCAGAAGAAGAGCUGAAAAUAUGGUCAAAAAUGGUGUUCUGGCACGGGUCUGAUGUGAGGCACAGACCUUGCCUAAUUGUAAGGCUUGGGUUAGCCUGCAAUAUGUUGACAUCUGAAGAUAGACCUCGAUUUGCUCAGGCAGUCAUAUCACAGGUAGAAUAUGGAGUCUUGCACCUGGUUGAUUCGAACAACCCUCAAAUUACAGUGUUUGUGGAUUGUGAAGGGUUGUCACCAGUGAGAAUUCCCACGCAAAUAAUGAGGUCUUGUUCUUCCCUUCUGCAAGACCACUUUCCUAAUCGUCUUGGUUCUCUGUUUGUCAUACGACUGCCAGCCUUUGUUCAUGUUAUUGCCCAGACUUUUAUUCGGGAUUUGAAGCCUGCUACCAAAAACAAGUUAAAAAUAGAAGGGGAGAGGUAUCAGAAAGCUCUUUCUGAUCAUCUGCCAAAACUGCCUUCAUAUCUUGGAGGCUGCUGCACUUGCAUGAAAUGCUCUAACAUUGACAAAUGGGAUAUGCUGCAACCUUAUGCAUCUGGGACUAGUAGGAGAGACGGGGUGGAGGAUACCAGUGACAGUGACAAUGAGGAUUCUCCAUCAUUGCCUCCUUCUAAUGAAUUAGAAGGCUGCUUAUACGGAAAUUAUGACCAGUUGUUGAGAACUGCAAUCGUAGGUUUUCUCAUAAUUUGGGUUUUUAUAGCUCUUGGUGCUGUAGUACUUGAUCCCAGUAAUUUUUAUUAAUUAGCCCUCAUAAUAUAAAGACAUGCCAAAUUAGUUUGUAUCUUGUCUUGGUAAGUAAAUCUUUUUAAGGGGCGGCUUAAUCCAAUUCCAAACAGUAACGGCAUACUGUUUAUGAUUCUUAAGAUGAAAAAUAUCUAGUUAUGGCUAGCACUACAAUUUAUCUUUUUAGUUUUAUACAUUUUCUUUUAACAAAUAGAAUCACGUUAGAUAUUCUAACUAA